AUGGCUACGUUGCUGAGUAAAGACCUGCCGGAUAUAGAGAGUAUCUUGGCGCUGAAUCCAAGGGUGAAGAGCUAUGCUGUUCCACAUUCCACCGCCUUCAAGAAGAAGGAGAAGAAACAUUGGAAGAGAAACCCUGAGAAGAGCUGUGACACCUGUGUGAAGUUGGAGAACAACUUUGAUGACAUCAAACACACCACCCUGAGCGAACGUGGUGCUCUUCGGGAAGCAUUGAGGUGCCUUAAAUGUGCAGAUGCGCCUUGCCAGAAAAGCUGUCCCACCAAUCUGGACAUCAAGUCCUUCAUCACUAGCAUUGCUAACAAGAAUUACUAUGGAUCUGCCAAGGCCAUCCUGUCGGAUAAUCCUCUGGGACUGACGUGUGGGAUGGUGUGUCCCACCUCAGAGCUGUGUGUGGGGGGCUGUAACCUCUAUGCUUCUGAGGAGGGCCCUAUCAACAUUGGUGGCCUACAGCAGUUUGCAACCGAGGUUUUCAUGAGAAUGGGAAUCCCUCAGAUCAGGAAUCCUGACCUCCCUCCUCCGGAUCAGAUGCCGGAGAGCUACCACUCAAAGAUCGCUCUGAUUGGCUGCGGCCCUGCCAGCAUCAGCUGUGCCACCUUCCUGGCCCGUCUUGGCUAUGACAACCUCACCGUAUUUGAGAAGCAGAGCUACAUCGGUGGCCUCAGCACUUCUGAGAUUCCCCAGUUCCGCCUUCCCUAUGAUGUGGUGCAGUUUGAGGUCGAUCUGAUGAAGGACCUUGGCGUGAAGGUUGUGCUUGAAAAGGGACUGGGACAAAAUGGGAUGACACUCACCUCUCUAAAGGAAGAGGGAUAUCAAGCAGUUUUCAUCGGAAUCGGUCUCCCACAAGCUAACAAGCAUAAGAUCUUUGAGGGGCUGACCAUGGAGCACGGUUUCUAUACAUCAAAAGACUUCCUUCCUCUUGUUGCCAAAGCCAGUAAAGUUGGCAUGUGUAGCUGCCGCUCUCAGCUCCCAGACCUCCAUGGCAAUGUGAUAGUUCUUGGAGCCGGGGACACGGCUUUCGACUGUGCCACCUCUGCUCUCCGCUGUGGAGCUCGACGUGUGUUUGUGGUUUUCAGGAGGGGCUUCACCAAUAUUCGUGCUGUUCCAGAAGAGAUGGAACUCGCCAAGGAGGAGAAGUGUGAGUUCUUGCCUUUCUUGUCUCCCCGCGAGGUCAUAGUGAAGAAUGGACGUAUCACGGCACUGCAGUUUUGUCGCACGGAGCAGACAGACUCAGGGGACUGGAUCGAGGACGAGGACCAGAUCGUGCGCCUUAAAGCCGAUUACAUCAUCAGCGCUUUCGGCUCUAUGCUGAGUGACCCUGACAUCAUAGCGAGCAUGGUUCCCAUCAAACUGACCCGCUGGGGAACACCAGAGGUCAACAACGACACCAUGCAGACGAGUGAACCCUGGGUGUUUGCUGGAGGAGACGUUGCUGGGCUGGCCAAUACGUCCGUGGAGUCAGUCAACGAUGGCAAGCAAGCCUCCUGGCACAUCCACAAGUACAUUCAGUCUCUCUAUGGUCAGACAGUGGACACUACACCCAAGCUGCCUCUGUUCCAUUGUGCCAUUGAUGCUGUGGACAUCAGUGUCGAGAUGUGUGGCAUCAAGUUCCCUAAUCCGUUUGGCCUGGCCAGUGCUCCGCCUACCACCAGCACGGCUAUGAUUCGUCGUGCUUUUGAACAAGGCUGGGGCUUUGCUCUCACCAAGACUUUUGGACUGGACAAGGACUUGGUGACAAAUGUGUCCCCGCGUAUCGUGCGCGGUACCACCUCCGGUCACAUCUUUGGCCCUGGCCAAGGCUCCUUCCUCAACAUCGAGCUCAUUAGCGAGAAAACAGCCGCCUACUGGUGCAAGAGCGUGGCUGAGCUCAAAGCCGAUUUCCCAGAAAAUAUUGUCAUAUCCAGUAUAAUGUGCAGUUACAAUAAAGCCGACUGGACAGAACUCGCCAAGAUGGCAGAGGCCUCGGGAGCGGACGCUCUGGAGCUGAACUUGUCCUGCCCACACGGAAUGGGAGAGAAAGGCAUGGGACUGGCCUGUGGACAGGACCCAGAACUGGUGAGGAACAUCUGCCGUUGGGUGCGUCAGGCAAUCAAGAUCCCUUUCUUUGCCAAACUCACGCCCAACGUCACCAACAUCGUGGACAUCGCCCGCGCUGCACAUGAGGGAGGGGCAGAUGGAGUCACAGCCACCAACACAGUGUCUGGAAUGAUGGGUCUGAAAGCAGACGGUUCACCCUGGCCGGGCAUUGGCAAGGGCAAGAGGACCACGUAUGGUGGUGUCUCUGGAAAUGCUAUUCGUCCCAUCGCUUUGCGUGCUGUGUCAGCUAUUGCCAGGGCUUUGCCUGGCUUCCCCAUCCUGGCUACCGGAGGCAUUGACUCUGCAGAGACUGGUCUGCAGUUUCUCCAUGCUGGAGCCUCAGUUCUGCAGGUGUGCAGUGCAGUGCAGAACCAGGAUUUCACUGUGAUUGAGGAUUACUCUUUGGGUCUGAAGGCUCUGCUUUAUCUAAAGAGCAUUGAUGAACUGAGAGACUGGGAUGGCCAGUCUCCACCCACUCUGCGCCACCAGAAAGGCAAACCGGUACCACGCAUCGAGGAACUGGUCGGAAAGAGCUUGCCCAACUUUGGGCCUUAUCUCAUGGAGAAGACCCAGGCCGUGGCUGAGUACAAAAAGAAACUGAAAGAUGCCAACGACAACCUGGUCACUGACACCAAUGCAGCCAGGGUCUUCAUCCCCAAGAAACCAGUCCCAGCCGUCAAGGAUGUGAUUGCGAGAGCACUGAAGCACAUCGGGGCCUAUCAGGAGCUGAACAACAAGGAACAGGUCCAGGCCCUCAUAGACGAGGAAAUGUGCAUCAACUGUGGCAAAUGCUACAUGACCUGCAACGACUCUGGAUACCAGGCUAUUAAGUUUGACCCUGAGACCCAUCUUCCUGUAAUCACGGACAGCUGCACCGGCUGCACACUCUGUCUAAGCGUGUGCCCCAUCAUCGACUGCAUCAAAAUGGUUACCAGGACAACACCAUACAUACCCAAGAGGGGCCUGCCUCAGGUUGUUAAUCCUGUUUGCUAAGGCAGACAGUGGCACUACCUGACCGAAAGAGAGAGAGAGAGAGAGGGAGAGAGAGAGAGAGAGAGAGAGAGAGAGAGAGAAAGAGAGAGAGAGAUGGGGGUGUGGGGGUUGAGGGGGGUUCAGAGACAAGGACUGAGGUAUAGUUCACAGCAUCGAUUCCACUCAUAAUUGCAGUGUGAAAAAUUACCUUUAUUAUGAAAACGAAUAAUUAGUCUGGAGAAAUAAUUGCCUUACAUUCCCAAGCCAAUUAUCCAGAAAUAAUUGCGCUGGCGCAAAGAGUUGCAUUAUUUCUAAACAAUGGCCUGCAAUUGUUUAUUCCUGUGCCUCUCCCCAAGAUGUGAUAAUCAGAGGUGAGGGGGAGGUUCCACUGAGAGAGGUGUGUUUGUACUGUAGACCUGUGUGUCACAGACGAACGUCUGUAAACUGAUAACAGACCAGAGCUGACCACAUGUUAGUCUCAAUACCCAUGUAUGAUGUUUAUUUAGUGAGAACAAAUCACACAAAAUAUCUUUGCACAAUAAGGGAAAUCAUGUCAGCCAAAAUGAACAGUUAUUACUCUGAAUGGAUCUUCUGGUUCGAGGAAAAAUUAUGUUUGUGAUUAGUCAUAUGAUUUAUUUAUGGUCAAAUGAGAUUUGUUUUUGCAAUGAUAGGACAAUAUUUCACUGUAGCAGUGAUACCAGCAGCUAAUUUAGAGUUUUUACUAAUUGUCAUUGCAUGUUUUAGUAACAUCAGUCUGCUUUAUCUCUGUCUAAUUCUUAAAUUUGCAUUUAAAAAUGCAACGCUCGCUUUAUCUUUUAAAGUAGACGUUAGUUAUGCUUAACAAACCUUUCCAGUGAUAUUCAUGAGUGUCAGUUUAAUGCAUCUUUUAAUUCGUUUUAGAAAAGCAAAGCAUUCUUUGUGGAUUUAAAUAAAACAUU